AUGGUCAACAUGGGACUGAAGGCGAGAGGAGCCGCGCUCGCGACAACGCUGUUGUUCAGUACAGCAGCCACAGCACACGAGCAGCACAUGAAUAAGAUAGAAGAGGGGCACGCCGUCUCUGAAGACCCAAUCGAUUCGAUACUAUGGACACACAUCCUGGUGCAAUCGUUGGCAUGGGGUAUCAUCUUUCCCACAGGAAUGGUGCUGGGUAUUACACGGUCCAAAUGGCACGUUCCUGUUCAGGUUACUGGCUCCAUCCUCGCCGUUGUUGGCUACUUUCUAGGCCACAAACAUAAAGGCAGACAGUUCACCGAGAACAUCCACGCCAAAUUUGUCCCUGUCAUCAUGCUCAUGCUGGUCGUCCAAAUCGUCAUGGGCGUCUACCUCAAGCUGCAUCUCGAGAAGGGCAUACACGGCAAGAUCCGGAGGAUCGUAGUAAAGGCGCACGGCGUGGUGGGAAAGACGAUGCCGAUUGUCACCUGGGUCCAAUUCGUAUUUGGAGGUAUCACUGCGCUGGGUUUCUGCAGAGCCGACCACACAGGCCAGUGUCUGGCCCACUUCAUCAUGGGCAGUGCUUUUGUCGCCUACGGAAUCAUCCUUACUAUCCUGCUGCUUGUGGGGCAGAUGUGGUUGAAGAGAACCGGCCGCAGCCAGGAAUUCUUCGACUCACUGGUCAUUGCAGCUUGGGGUUGUGUCAACACUUUUACCGAGCAUCGCUGGGGUGGGCCAUGGGUGCAUAACGAUUUGCAGCACACAUCUAUGGGCAUCAUCUGGUGGGCCGCCGGCCUGGUUGGUGUAUGGCUUAGCCGCAAGAGAAAUGGACAGCCCAAGCGCAACCUCAUCCCCGGUAUGGUCAUCUUCGUCACCGGCUGGGCCAUGUCAUCCCACCCACAGCAUCUGCCUAUCUCUACCAUGAUUCACACCGUGUUCGGCUACACUCUCAUGGCUGCCGGUGCUGCGCGCAUGAUUGAGAUCUCCUUUGUGCUCAAGGAUCGCAUUGCCGUUACCAACGACCUCUCGGACCCGGAUCCAAACAGCUUCCAGUACCUGACACCGUUCCUACUCAUCGCUGGCGGCUUCCUUUUCAUGGGUGCGACAGAGGAGCAGAUGCAGCUCCUUGCAGACGCAAACGUCACACACGUCUCCUACGUUCUAAUCUUAUUUAGCGUAGCCUUUUUGAUGUUCCUCUUUGCCAACCUUCUCAUCCAUAUGUAUGCCGUCUACGCCUUCCAGGACUCUAAGGUCGAUGCCGAAGCACCGCAUGCGAACGGAGCACCGAACGGCUACGCACGAGUUGAUCGUAGAGUCAGGGAUGCGGAGGAGUUUGAGCUUGAAGGCUUGACAGACGACGAAGACGAUGAUGAACCCCUUGUGCACAAGGAGGGCAGGACUAAUGGGCACGUCGCGUUGUAA